AAAAUUAUUUCGAGAUAUAUUUUAUUUCGGUUAAGAAUUGCUAAUAAAAAGAAAAUGAUCAAAAGAUCAUAUAGUAGCAAAUCUAUGCACGGUAAUUAAAUAAAUAAUAUUAUCUUACAUAUAACAUUUGCUAUUUUUAUUAUUUGACAUAUUCAUUUUCCUAUACAACUUCCUAUACAACUUCCUAUAUAACUUCCUAUAGAAGUUACUAGUGUACUGCAACAUGGAGUCACGUUUCCAGACUCUCCCUUGAGAGUCUCUAGCAACUCCUUGUUAAACGUUGAGAACGUUUUCUAGAAAAACGUUAAAAACGUUAGCAGCUACUCACUGGCGCUGGGUUUUGGCUGCCAUAAGCGCUGCAUUAAAAAAGCGCUGCAUUAAGAAAAAGUCGGCUACUAUAAGAACUGAAUAAAAGAUUCAGCUGUAUUAGCGCUCACUACGUUGUGCUUUUAGUCUUAGCAAUUUAACUAUUGGCAAGAAUUGUUUGCUUUAACAGAGUUAAAUUUAAGUAUUGUUAAAUAUUUAAAGUUUAACGCCUAAGUAUUAAAAGAAUCUGCUUUUAAAGUGUUAAAUAAUAAUAAUAAAUUAUAAGUUUUAUUGUUAUUUCAAUUUUUAUGUCUGCUAAUAAAAUAAAUGAUAAUAUUCAAUCUUUAAAUAUUUAUGCGAUGCAGAUGAUAUUUGAAGAUAAAUGGUUAGAAGACAUUCACAUUGAUUAUUUUGGGUUAUUAUUAAAAUCUUGUUCGGAGUACCGAUCACGUGAAACAUGGAGAAUACAAUGUCCCGAUACGAUUGAAUCUGUUUGUAAGGAUCAGAAACAUAUUCAAAUAUUGCAUAGCUGCAACAAUAUGAUUACUAAUGAAAAUGGACAUUGGGUUUGUAGCUAUUAUGAUACAAAAGCUAUUCACAUUUAUGAUUCAUUGAAUUUGAAACACUUGCAUGCUCAUCAUAAGCUAUAUCUUGAGAAAUUAUAUCCAUUUUAUUCUUUUGAUAAGAAGCCAGUACGAUUUCUGACAGUUCAAAAUCAAUCUAAUGGUUAUGAUUGUGGUGUGUUUGCAAUAGCAUUUGCAGUAUCACUUUUAUUCGGUCUUCGACCGGACAUAGUUAUGUAUGAUCAUACUUUAAUGCGUCAACACUUAGCACAAAUGUUUAAACUAAUUAAAAUAGAACAUUUCCCCCGAAUUAUAAGAUCCACUGAUCCCAAGAAACUUUUUAAAUUGGAUCAAAUACGAAGAAAAGAAGCAUUAGCUAGCAAACAACGAAAAUAUCGACAAGAAAGAGUUGAACAGAAAAAGUCUUCAGGUUUAAUAAACAAAUUAAAAAACAGUGCUGAUAAUGAAAUGAUAAUAGAGAAAAUAGUAUACAAAGAUGAUACAAUGUCCGAUCCAUUAGAUUGUUAUAAUAUAAUGAAUAAAAAUAAUGAUAUUUUAAAUAAAUCUAAUAACGUUAAGCAGUCUAUUCAUGGCACUUUCAAUUCCUUUUCAUCAUUGCAUGUUUGUACAGGCAAAACACAAGAUAAUAAAACGAAUUAUGCAAAUAAUUUUUCUACAUAUAUUCACGAAAACACAUUGUUAACAAAUAUCAGUUCUUGUAUAACAAAAAUACAUGAACAUAAAUAUACAAAUUUUGUAACAAAUAUUACACCUCUAAGCCAGCGGUAUGUACAGACUAUUCUUAGAAGUGAAUAGUUAGAGGAUAUUCAUAUUGACUAUUUCGGUUUAUUAUUAAAACAUUGCUCACAAUAUCAACCACGUGAGUCCUGGAAAAUUCAAUGUCCUGAUAGAAUCGAACCUGUUUCUAAAAAUCAGAAACAUGUUCAAAUAUUGCAUAGUUGCAGUGAUAUAGCAACUAAUUUAAAUGGUCAUUGGGUUUGCAGCUAUUAUGAUACUGAAAUGAUUUAUAUCUGACUCAUUUGAAUAUGAAACAAUUACAUGCACACCAUAAAAUUUAUCUUGAAAAAUUAUAUCCUUUCUAUUCUUUUGAUAAACAACCAGUACACUUUCCAACGGUUCAAUUGCAACCCAAUGGUAAUGAUUGCGGAGUUUUUGCAAUAGCCUUUGCAGUAUCUCUUUUAUUUGAUCUUCAACCGGAUAGAAUUAUAUAUGAUCAUAAUGUAAUGCGUCAGCAUUUAGCGGAAAUGUUUCAGUUAAAUAAAAUAGAACACUUUCCAAAAAUUACAGUAUUACCUGACUUACAACAAAUUAAUAAUAGCUAUGAAUUUAAUAAAGAUAGUAUAAAAAAAGAUAUUAUCUAUGUUAAUAACAUUGCAAUUACCAAACAUUUAACUAAAAACCAACAAAGUAUGAAAAGAAAAAUAAAUUGUUAUAAUUAUAGAGAUAGUAAUAAAAAGCAAAAUAAGAACAAUAAUUCAGAAAAUGUUUUAUUGCAUAAGACAGAUAUUAUUAGUUUACGUAAAAAUAAAAAAAGAGUUCUUAACAAACAAUAUUAUGAAUUACAUAGAAAGGAUUUAUUAACAAAAAAAAGUUUUUAUGGAAAAGACAGAAAAAAUGAUAUAAAGAAAUCGAA